AAAGUCUGUACUAUUAUCUGUUAAUACCACAGUAAAGGGAAGAACAAAAGGGGUUGUUUGUCAGAGCUCGACUGUAAUGACAAGUUACUCUGAUUAAAGACAGUUUUUGAAUGCAGGUGUUAAAUAGGACAUUACAGUGUGACGUGUGUUGAUCAUGGAACAGGUUUUGGUUUUGGCUUUUGCAUUGCUGUGUGUGCUUUCUGCAUCGGGACAAACAACUCCACCUAAUGUUAACGAUGUCAGGAUAACUCAUCGAACAGAGACUGAAUUAACAUUUCAGUGGGAUAUAGCUGGCGGCAGUAGCAGUUACAAUUAUAUACUGCAGAGAGAUGGGAUUGACAGUGAAGUAAUCACUGCUGGCACUGGCAAUCAAGUAACUUAUACAGUCUCAGGUCUGUCUUCUGGGACUAAAUACAACUGGAUACUCUUCACUGUGUUUGGGGAGCAAUGGAGCCCAGGAUUUCCGUUCUCUGCCGCAACUGUUCCACCCAAUGUUCAAGGUGUUUCAGUCAUUGAUCAGACUGAGACUACGAUAACAUUACAGUGGAAUAAAGACAAAGCUGAAUAUUCUUAUGAGCUGAGAUAUGAGGAUAAAGUGGAAACUCCUCCAUCUCCUCAAUCUACAGUGGAGUAUACUGUCACAUCUCUGUCUCCUGGGACUAAAUAUACAUUUACACUCUACACUGUGUUUGAAGGUCUGAAGAGCAGUGGAUUCAGCUUCUCUGCUGUUACUGUUCCUCCUGAUAUUACAGGUUUUAUGAUCAUUGGUCGAAAUGAGACCGCUCUAACAUUUCAAUGGACAAAAGACAAAGAAGAAUACACUUAUGAGCUGAAGGAUAGUGAUGUUGAAACUCAUACAUCCUUUACUGAUACUACAGUGGUGUGUGUCAUCACAUCUUUGUCUCCUGGAAGUGAAUACUUUUCUACACUCUAUACUGUGUUUGAAGGAGUGAAAAGCCAUGGAUACAGAUUCACUGAUGUAACUGUGCCAUCUAAUGUUGAAAGUGUGUCUGUGGUGGAGGUCAAUGACACUUACGUGAUCUUACAGUGGAAUGCUGUGCCUAAUGAACAAAACAACAAAUACGACUAUGUUCUUAAAUAUGGUGAUGUUGAGGAAUCUGUUGAUUUUGCAGUGGGGAAUGUGGUAAAGCAUCGUGUUUCAGGCUUGAUUCCUGAAACAAAAUACAGCUUCACUCUGUACACAGUGUUUUAUUCUCAGAGAAGCACUGGAUUCAACUUUUAUGUUUUCACAUCUUUAUCUAGCAUAACUGAAGUCAGAGUCACUCGAUCACUCACAGAGUUGACUGUCGAAUGGAAUAAAUUCAACAAAAGCAAUGUCUACAACUACACUUUGCUCAUAAGUGAUGGGGCAGAGAUAGACUUCAUUGGAUCUGCUGUCGUGGGGGAUGUGAUGACAUAUAAACACUCAUCACUCACACCAGGGACUGUAUACAGUUUUACUCUCCUUACUGUUGUGGAUAAUGUCAGAGAUCCUGGAUUCAGAUUCAAGAGCAUCACCACUCUUGACUGUGCAUCCUUUAGCUGGGCAGUCAGCUCCUCAUCAAUAGUUGCUGAUGUGUACGGUUGCACAUAUGUCACGGCUCAAAGCAGCAGCGGGAGUGGUAAAAAUGCUUCUAUAGAGGGAGACAAGGUGAAUCUGCAAGACCUGUAUCCUGGAGAAAGCUACACUGUUUCACUGUUUUAUAACUUGGAGUCGGAGAUGCUCACACAGUGCUCACAACGCCUGACAUUAGUUCCAAAUAGUGUAUCUCAUCUUCACUGCAAAUAUUAUUCUGGAGGAUAUGGUCUGGCUGUCAUUUGGGAACAUCCAACUGGAAUUGUGGAUGUGGUGGAGGUGGAUGUUAAUGGAAAAAGUUUCAACCAUUCGAAUAGUUCAGAAGAACCAACUCAGCAGCUGGUAACAGGCCUACAAGCUGCUGAGUGGUACAAAGUUACAGCAACAUCAAUUUCUGGAGCCAGGAGGAAUGAAAUGACAAUCCACUGCCAAACUGAUCCAGCAGGAGUUAUAGCUGGUGUACUGGUGUUUUUCUUGUUGGUCAUCAUUAUUUGUGCUGGAGUCUUUGUAUGGAUCCGCUAUGGUUCAGCCAAAAGAUCACACCAACCUGUGGAGUCAAAAGUGUCUAAAACAUACAACAAAACAAUUGCCUCGGAUAAAUUUCCUGAACAUUUUCAAAACAUGAGUCGUGAUGACAACAGAGAUUUCAGUGCUGAAUAUGAGGACUUGGGUUCAGUGGGUGUAAAUCAGUCUAGUGUUGCGGCUGGACUCCCUGAAAACAAGGACAAAAAUCGAGUCUCCAAUGUUUUACCAUACAACACCUCUAGAGUGCAUCUUACCAUAAAUAAAGCGGGUGAUUCUGAUUACAUCAAUGCUAACUACAUGCCUGGAUAUGGAAAUGUAAGCAGACAGUAUAUAGCAGCUCAAGGUCCACUGCCGUCCACUGUCAAUGACUUCUGGAGAAUGGUCUGGGAGCAAAAGUCAUCGGCCAUUGUCAUGUUAACCAGCUGUACUGAGGAUGGAAUGGUCAAGUGUGAACAGUACUGGCCGCUGGACAACACACCGUUUCUCUACGGAAAUCUGCUUGUCGCUGUGAAAUCAGUGAAUAAAUCUGAUAGUUGGACUUUGCGGGAAUUUCAUGUGAAAAAUAAAAUGACCUCUGAUACGCGAAUAGUGCAUCACUUCCACUUCACAGCAUGGCCAGAUCAUGGUGUCCCUUGUGGCACAGAAGAUUUAAUCCAGUUCAGAGAACUUAUUCGACAGCACAUAGAGAGCCCCUUCUCUGCAGGACCAACAGUUGUACACUGCAGUGCUGGAGUCGGCCAGACAGGUACACUGAUCGCACUGGACGUCCUGCUGCAGCAGCUGAACAGAGAGAAGGCAGUGGGUGUUGCAGCGUUUGUUAAGGAAAUGAGACUCAGCCGGCCACUUAUGGUGGAAACUGAGUCUCAGUAUGUGUUCCUGCACCAGUGCAUCCUGGACUCUUUGCCUCCACAGUCAGAACCCAUUUAUGAAAACACUGACACAAUCUAUGUCAAUGAAAUGGCUUUAAAAAGAAUUUAAAGGUGCAAUUCACACAUGAAAUUUUUUAAAUAAAAAAGAUUUUUUUUUUUUUUGUCAAUAUAACUCAGAAAUACCAAGUUCAGAUAAUCUUCAAGCCAUCACAGUCCUAUAAUUUCAGCAUGUUUUUCAACACUUAGUAAUACAUAUUUUCCAAUUUGUUGUCCAGUGGUCUCUUUCCUAAAAAUAAACACUAAA